CGGUGGCGGGGCCGGAGAAAGAGCGGCGCCCGCCGGUUGCCCGGGCGAGGGCGACGCCGCGCAGCAGCCGCCGCGAGAACAAAAUGGCGGCGGGCGGCAAAAGCGGGGUCCGGCGGGGCGGCGGCCUGCCCGAGGUGCGGAGAGCGCCCGGAGGCCCCUCGCCGCCCGCUGGGAGCAGCGUGGUGAGCGGUGACCUGCUGGCCAAGGAGGCGGAGUACAAGCGACUGAAUGCAGAAUUAGAAGCAAAAACAGAAAAACUUGUGCGUCAGGCUGAAGAAGUAAUGAAAAGCCAAAAGGAGACACUAUCUAGACCAAUUUCAGUACAAACUCAGUUACAUGAAGAUGACAGACAGAGAGAUCCACUCUUUCCUGAAGUUUCAUGUCUUAAACACUCACAUACCAAGCCACUAAACAAGAAGCGUGCUUCCGUGCCCAUGGCUCAGAAUAGACCAUAUUCUGGAAGUAAGGGGAAAAGAACAACUUCAAGUACAGAAAUAAGAAAUCUGGAAGCACAAAAUGCUGAUCAUGUUGCAGUACUGGAGGAUUGCAUAGAUUUUUCUUUAGCAAAAACAGUAAGUGAAAUUGAAGGAAAACUAGACAAAGGAUGCUUGCCGGAUUGUCUAGAUGAUGACAUUAUUCCAAACAUUGGAAAUGAAAUCGGAGCAGAAGCUCAAAUCAGGUUUCUUAAGGCCAAGCUACGUGUUAUGCAGGAAGAGCUGGACAGCUUAGUGAGUGAAUGCAGGAAAAAGGAUGAUGAAAAUCAGAGUUCAAAAUCUCGGCUUAAGGAUAGUGAGGAAGAAAAGACUAGACUGCAACGAACAAUCAGCCUGCAACAGUCUCAGAAUGAAAAGUACAAAAUGUUGUCACAAGAAGCAAACAAAAAAAGUGAAGGAUUACAACAAGAGGUCAUUGCACUAGGAAAGGAACUAGAGAAUUUGAAGCGUGUACAAAAGCAGGCCGCAACCAGUCAGAGUGCAACAGAGGUUCGCUUAAAUAGGGCCUUGGAAGAAGCAGAAAGAUAUAAAGUGGAGCUGCAUAAACUGAAGCAAAGUAACAAGGAUGUAGUUAACCAAGAACUCAAAGUAACUGAAGAAUUAAAAACAGAAAACAAGAAACUGCAGAAAGAAAAAGGAGAGCUAAUUGCAGGUUUCAAAAAGCAGCUCAAGUUAAUUGAUAUUUUAAAGAGACAAAAGAUGCACAUUGAAGCUGCUACGAUGCUUUCUUUUACUGAAGAGGAAUUCAUGAAAGCUCUUGAGUGGGGAAAUUAUUGAUUCAAUAAAAAAACCUGUUUGAAAUAGAAGUCAGAUGAUACAGCCUUUUGGCACUAAAAAUGUUUGUUAAUAAAUCAGUGAUUUUUUUUU